GUAGGCGGGGUUUCCUAUUCUGUACAGCUGAUACAGUGGAACAUGCGGAUACAUGCGUGACAUUCCACCCACCUGGACUACCCCGGAAAGCAAAACACGUAAACCCAGCGAGAGCGCGCAGUAAAGCUGAACGGCGAGUUCCAACUUUGGCUCCGCCACCGAGCAUUGAGUCGCAGUCUUGGUUCAGGACUGAACAGGUCUCACGAUCGGGUGUCAAGGGAACAGCCCUGAAAGUAGGCUGGCAGAGGCAGGUUUGGUAUUUCGAUUUACUAAUACUUCUACAACGUUUAUAUUACAAACCUCAACAUUCUAGAAUAAUCUAUGCAAUAUUGCAAACUUUGCUUAAGCCUACACGUUUUUAUAACUUGUAUUUAGAAUUGCGUUCGUGCUUGGUCGCUUCAAGUUUGGUCGCUCAUCGUGAGCCUAGGAAGGUAGCACGGUUGUGAAACCACCCACGGACACUCAGGUAGACCGACAGAGACGUUACGUGUGGUUCAGUCCGGUCUCUGGCUUUACGGUUUCACAUUGCUAGGUCACCACGGGGUCGAGGUUGUACAUUGUACAAUCAUGGAACUAUCAGCGACUGAAAGAAAACGACGGGAAGGCGAGAAGACUUCAACGGCGACCAACAAAAGAAUGUCACCGGUGUCUUUCGUCACAGCUGGCAUCGUCUUCAUGAACGUUCUCCACAUCCAGGCUGCUACCAUCCAGUUCACCAAGGAGCCCAAAUCCCAGGAUGCUUUGCACGGGCGCAGCGCAAUGCUGCGCUGUGAGGUAAGUGAUCCGGGGAGCGUCAUGUACAGCUGGCUGCACGACGGCCGGCCGCUGGCCCAGACUGACCGGCGCUUAGAAGGCAGCAACCUGAAGUUCACGGCCGUGGACCGGCAGCUGGACGCGGGCAGCUUCGAGUGCCUGGCCCUCCACACAGCCUCCGGAGAGCAGCUCCGCUCCACCAACGCCUCCUUCAACAUCAAGUGGCUGGAGAGCGGGGGCGUGACCCUGCAGCAGCCAGGCUCCGAGGCGGAGAUCGAGAGAUCAGAACCAGUAACUCUACACUGCCACAUUGAUGGACACCCACGACCUACGUGUCAGUGGUUCAGGGACGGUGUGAGGCUGACAGACAGGACCCACCAGAUCAACAACAAGGAGCGCAGCCUGACCCUGCAGACGCCCAGUCCGGAGGACAACGGCCUGUACCACUGCUGCUCCCGCAACGCUGCCGGCCACAUCUGCAGCAGCAGCAACUUCACCCUCAACAUCAUAGAUAAGAGUUUCCCCCGGGCUGUGGUCGCCCCUGACAACCAGGUGGUCCUAAAGAACGAGGAGGCCGUGUUCCACUGCCAGUUCACCGCCACGCCACCCCCCACCCUGGAGUGGUACCAUGACAACGAGCUGCUCAGCAACCGCUCCCGCGUCCUCAGGGUGGCCCUGCUUUCCAACGGGACCCUGCUGAUCUCGCAGGUGAAGCCCAGGAACGUGGGUCUGUACAAGUGUGUGGGGCGAGGGGCUCGCGGCCACAACGUCAGCCUGGAGGCUUCCCUUCUGAUAGCAGAGAUAGAGGACAUGGUCCCCAGAGUGUCCAGGGUGUUUCCAGCUGACAGCCUCCAGCGUGUGUCCUGCCAGCCCCCAGGGGGCCAGCCUCCCCCACAGGUGUGGUGGGAGCAGGGGGGGCGUCGCGUGGCCCCCCAGGGCCGGGUCCACCAGGAGGGGCUGGACCUCGUCUUCAGCCCCACGCAGGCGGGAGACUCGGGAACCUACACCUGCGUGGCCCAGAACAAGGCAGGACGUAGGACCCAGGAGGUGACCUUCACCGUGGCCACUGCUCCUGUGUGGGUGGACAGGCCCCAGGACAGUUCUCUAGAGGAGGGCAGACCAGGGUACCUGCACUGCCACGCACAGGCCACACCCCCUCCUGACGUCACCUGGAUACGCAACAACUUCCCCAUCAACCCUGAGGACCCUCGGUUCUCCGUGUUCUCUAACGGCACCCUGAGGAUCAGCAGUGUGGAGGUGUAUGAUGGCCUGGUGUACAGCUGUGAGGCCCGGACACAGGCCGGCUGGCUUGCUGCUCACGCCAGAGUCUACGUGCUGGAGAAGCUGAAGUUCACCCCACCCCCCCAGCCGUCCCAGUGUCUGGAGCUGGAGAAGGACCUGCAUGUCCAGUGCUCUGCCACGGGCCGGGAGCCUCCCACCGUCCUCUGGACCGCUGCAGGAGGAGCAGAGCUCCCCUCUCACCUGCAUCAGAGGAAUGGACAGCUGCACUUCACCAAGGUGACCCGCAGCGACGCGGGCAACUACACCUGCACUGCCUCCAACAGCCUGCAGGGGGAGAUCAGAGCCCAGGUGUCCCUCACAGUGGCAGUGUACAUACGUUUCAAGCUGGAGCCAGAGAACACCACGGUGUACCAGGGUCACACAGCCACGCUGCACUGCCAGGCCACAGGAGACCCACACCCACACAUCCAGUGGAUGGUGAAGGACAAGGUGCUGGACCCCGGCAGGAGGAGAUUCCAGAAGAUGCCUAAUGGUUCUCUGGUGAUCUCUGAUGUCACCACAGAUGACACAGGGAAGUACACCUGCGUGGCUGGAAACAGCUGCAGCAUCAGAGACAGCGUGGCUCAGCUCUAUGUAGUGGAGAAGCCUGCUCCCACGCUGAUGGACCCGGAGGAGAAGGCGCCCUACAGGAUGAUCCAGACGGUCGGCCUGUCGGUGGGCGCGGCCGUGGCCUACCUCAUCGUGGUGCUGGCCCUCAUGUUCUACUGCAAGAAGAGACGCAACGCCAAGAGACUGCAGAAGGGACGUGAGGGAGAGGAACCAGAGAUGGAGUGUCUCAAUGGUGGUGCUGCUCAGCAGAAUGGCCACACCACAGCUGAGAUCCAGGAAGAGGUGGCUCUCACCAGCUUGGGCACCACGGCAACAGCAGAGAAACGCCACAGCAGCAAGGACAAGCUGCACUUCCCCCGAGGCAACUUGCUGACCUUAACCACCCUGGGGAGGGGCAGGUUUGGGGAGGUGCUCCUGGCGAAGGCACGUGGGCUGGAGGAGACGGAGGAGGAGACGGUGGUGCUGGUGAAGAGCCUGCAGAGCCGGGACCAGCCGGCCCAGCUGGAGUUCCAGCGGCAGGCAGACAUGUUCUCCAAGCUCCACCACACCAACCUGGCUCGUCUGCUGGGGCUGUGCAGGGAGACAGAACCACACUACAUGAUCAUGGAGUACCCUGACCUGGGAGACCUGAAACAGUUCCUCAGGAUCUCUAAGAGUGGGGAUGAGAAGAUUAAGGCUCAGCCCAUCAGCACCAAGACCAAAGUGUCUCUCUGUGUCCAGGUGGCUCAGGGUAUGGAGCACCUGUCCAAUCAGCGCUUUGUCCACAGAGACCUGGCCGCCAGGAACUGUCUGGUGAGCAGCCAGCGGCAGGUGAAGGUGUCGGCGUUGAGCCUCAGCCAGGACGUGUACAGCAGUGAGUACUACCACUACCGGCAGGAUUGGGUCCCGCUGCGCUGGCUCCCAGCAGAGUCUGUGGUUGAGGACGACUUCUCCACCAAGUCAGACGUGUGGGCCUUCGGGGUGCUGAUGUGGGAGGUGUUCAGCCUGGGGGAACUUCCCUAUACCAAACUCAGUGAUGAUGAGGUUCUGGAAGCUCUGCAGGCAGGGAGGUUGAAACUCACAGCCCCUGAGUGUUGUCCCUCCAGGGUCUACCAGCUCAUGCUGCGCUGCUGGUCCAGCCUGAAGGAACGGCCCUGCUUCAGCGAGAUUGUCUCGGCGCUGGGAGAUCUGCCCUCCGACAGCAAGGUCUGAGGGGGCCCUGGCCUCAGCCGCCCCACCCCAGUCCUCCCCGCCCCCCCAGUCCUCCCCGCUCCCCCUAAAACAAACACAGGAAUGCUGGAUUCAGAGUCUCACACAUUUCAGGGAAGGAGGGAGAAGGGUUGACAAGAAGAGAACUCGUUUUUAUAUUUGAAACAGAGGAGGAGGAUGUGGUUUACAAAAACACUUUUGCUGCACCAACAUAAAGACCGUGUUGUGAGAGGACGACUCCAAGGGAAGAUCCCAGUCCUGACGUCACCAAGCUGCUACUCCUGGUCCUAGAGGUUCUGUCUUGGUCCCAGACAAGAUUCCACCGCGGUUGUUGGAACGUGGUCCUACAUGGCCUGAGGAUGUAGCUGCCCAGAGACACUCUCCUUUUCUGCCCCAGCACAGGAGCACAGGAGCAGAGAGUCUCUCCUCUUCUGCCCCCAGCACAGGAGCACAGGAGGAAGCGUGUCCCUCCCCCAGCCAUCCUCACCCCUCCACCCCCACCUCUGAGUCCUCCCAACCCCAGGAUUGAAACCUCAGCUAUUCCCUCCAGCAGGGGGCGCUGUGUGUGUCAACAUCAGCACCUGAUGGCUGUUGUUUCUUGACUUCCUCUCCAAUUUUUGUGCCACCGAUGCCUGUCUGUAUGAUGUGAUGUCUGCUUUCAGGGGCAGGGUUCAGCGUACUGGCUAAGGAGAGGUGGGACAGGCUGGGCGGUCAGGUAUGAAGGUUUGCUGUCUGUUGCAGCAGGUGAGAAGGUGCUGUGAGAGGAACCCAGAAGAUUCCGUUUAUGGAAACUCUACAGGAAAAAAUAACAAUCAAAUUCAUAGCCAAGGAAUAUUGUGAAUGAGUGAGGUUUUGUGAUUUGUUCUGCUCUGGUUGAAAUUCUGAGGUGCUUGAAAAUGACCCUCCUGUUUAGUGGGAGUAACUUUACAUAAAGAAUAUGUCAUCACUGUUGCAGCCAAUCAUCUGGUUCAGCUUGCAACACUGUCCUCAGAAGACCAAUCACAGUUACUGUUCUACCUAUCUGGUCCAAUCAUGUUGUGUAAUGUUGCAGUGUGGACCAUCCCAAGUUAUGUGUACAUGAUGUAGAAUUGAUGCACUAACUUCACUUAGAAGCCCCUCCUGCGAUCCCUCCCAGUUGUAGAAGGAUGUACAGGAGUUCAUUUAUUACAAAGGUCCUGUCUUUUUUUUAUGUAUUUUUUCUAGAGAGAAAGGUACUCGACAAUCUCUUACCAUAGCUGCAAGUGUAUUCAAUCUAUUAUGAUACGUGUCCAUAUGCAUUCAGUAUGGUAAUGAGCUGAAUAUGUUAUUAUUAACAACAGAGCUUCGUGAAAGAGAGAGUGACGUCAGGUCGCAAAUACUCAUCAUGACUCAAGUGCCUGCUGGAACAUGAAGGAUUAUUAGACGUUUUCCCUCUUAUUUUACAAUAUCUAAUCAAAUGCAAUGGCCUUGUAUUGUUUUUAUGAACUUGUUUUAUAUAUAUAUUGUUUUUACUACAAAACACGGUUUGUUUUAUUUUCUAUGAACGCUAGACACACACAGGUGUCUUUUUUUAUCAGCUUCAAGCAAAUGGUGUCAUUAAUCACAUCAUAUACCUGCUGCUCAAUAAAGGUUCACGUUUUAA